AUGGGGUGCCGCGGGCUGUGCUGCUGCUGCUGCUGCUGCGGCGCCCUGAACGAGGACAACGCGCGCUUCGUGCUGCUGGCGGCGCUGAUCGUGGCCUACAUGCUGUGCGGGGCCGCCGUCUUCUCGGCCCUCGAGCUGCCCCGCGAGCGGGAGACGCAGCAGAGGUGGCAGGCCCGCCUGCAGGACUUCUCGCAGCGGCACAACCUCAGCCUGGCCGACCUGCGCGAGCUCCUGGGGGACUACGAGGGGGCCUACGUGGCCGGCGUCCGCGUGCACGACGUGCGCCCCCGCUGGGAUUUCCCCGGCGCCUUUUACUUCGUUGGCACCGUCGUCUCCACCAUCGGUUUUGGUAUGACCACACCGGCUACCAUUGCAGGCAAGCUUUUCCUGAUAUUUUAUGGCCUUGUAGGCUGUGCAGGGACCAUUUUGUUCUUCAACCUGUUCCUGGAGCGCUUGAUCACCAUCAUAGCAUAUGUCAUGAAGUCCUGCCAUGAGAGACAACUAAGGAGAAAGGGAGUCCUUCCCCAAGACACCCGUCAAACCUCUGGGAACCCUGAAGUGGACAGCUUAGCUGGAUGGAAACCAUCCGUGUACUACGUCAUGCUUAUCUUGUGCCUCGCAUCCAUCAUCAUUUCCUGUUGUGCCUCUGCUAUGUACACACCCAUUGAAGGGUGGAGUUACUUUGAUUCCCUUUAUUUUUGCUUUGUGGCCUUCAGCACUAUUGGUUUUGGUGAUCUGGUCAGUAGCCAGAAUGCCCAGUAUGACAGCCAGGGCCUUUACAGAUUUGGCAAUUUCAUCUUCAUACUCAUGGGGGUAUGCUGCAUCUAUUCCCUGUUCAAUGUGAUCUCUAUUGUCAUCAAACAGUCAAUCAACUGGAUACUAAAGAAACUGGAAUGCAAGUUCUGCCAGAGAUGCCAAAGAAAACUCUUCAGGUCGCAAAGGAACGUUGUUGUGCCAGGGACUGUUCCGAACCAGCGCAAUGUGUCCAUUGAGUCAGACGGUGUCAUUGAGAGCGACACAGAUGGACGUAGAAUGUCUGGCGAGAUGAUCUCCAUGAAAGACCUCUUGACUUCCAACAAAGUGUCAUUAGCCAUCAUGCAGAAACAGUUGUCUGACACUGCCAAUGGCUGUCCAAGACAAAUGACUUCUGUUUCUAAGCCAAAUGGAUUUGCUGGUGGUGUUGGUGCUUUGGGGAUUAUGAAUAACAGGCUGGCAGAAACGAGCACAGAUAGGUAAACAGCAAUACUUGGAAUGACAUCAGCAAGAAAAGGAUAAGAGGUGAUCAGAAGUUAUUACAGAGUCAUGACUAACACAGCAGGACACUUAUUAGAAGAGGUAGCUCACUUAGUAUUGCCAAUCAAUAUGGAUUAUUGCUUUUUGCACUAAACCGCCUAUCUGCACUCGUCUUGCAGCCUGUGAGAAAAAAAGUUUCUUGUGGUGUCAUGUCACGUAACUACACUGACAAGCUUCUGCAUUUAAGUUCAGAUCUGAAUGUGGAGAAAGCCACUGACCUGGGAAAAACCAUGAGAAGCUAAAGCUAAUUUCACUAUACUGACAAACUAGUAAGAUGAUAGACAUGCUUGUAGUUGCUAAUCAGAUCUAGUAUAAAGGAUACAAUUGCCAUCAAUAGGAAAGAAUUUGCCUCCUUAUACAAAUACCAGGAUCUGACCCUUCCCUGCAACAGUCGCUGCCAUUGAGACUUAACUCCUUCAUUCAAUUGGCUGCUUACCCAACCUUAUCCUUUGAGUUCCUUAUCACACCAGCCUCAGAUUGCCCUACAGACAGUGGCAUAUCUGCCUAGGGAUGG